UCUUCGUCCGGUCUCCCGACCUAAUAAUUUUCCCUCGCCUCGUGUACUCGGCGAUAUCGGGGCGGAAGAAAAAGCGUAGGAAAGCGAGCGACCGAUCGGAAGAACGAGCGAGACGAGGCGAUGGGGGUUACGCAGGCGAUGAAGCGGAUUCCUCGUAUCAAAUUCCCUCAAAGGCAUCCCAAGCCCGCAUCAGGAUCCGGAGCAUCCUCACAGUCUGACCUGAAGGAUUUGUUCAAAUUCGGUUCUCCUCCAGCUCAACCAACACCUGCAUCAGAUGGUGGUGGGACUCGAGGCUACAGAUUUCGUUCAGAUGUGCCAGCUCCGCCUACCAAUGCUGCUAUAGGAGGAAAGGCUUCACUUUUACCAAAGCGUACACCAGUCUCAAAAGAAGAGAUUGAAGCUAUUUCGCUGGGUGGUUGUUUCUGAUUUGCUCUCCCGUUUCUUGUGGAUCUGAACGCUGUCUUACCCUUCCAUGAAGACUUUACAGGAAAUAAUAGAGAUUUUAGCUCCUUAUUGAGAAUUUUUAUGAAGAUUCAUUCACCUUGGAAUGUUUAAGAACCAAGAAUUCUUUCAAUCAGCCAAAAGGUUCCUUUAUCUUUUUGAAUUCAGCUGUAAUCACUAACAUUUAACUGAUUUUUAGUAAAUCUUUCUGCAAAUACUCGGUUAGGGUGAUGCAUUUUAUUUAA